UUAACAAAAAAUAAGCGACUAUCCACAAUAUCAUUGAACCAAUAUUUAUAUCAAGUAAAUGUGAAAUUUAAAAAUAAAUGAAAUAAAACACUUGUGUACACAGAACGUAUUAAGGUUUUUAUUGCUUGAUGGUGUAAAAGUUUACACAAUAAUGACGUCCUGUACUAGGGACUUCUUAUUUGAACCUUUUAAGGUUACCGAAGUUGAAUUUCGCAGUUCUGAUAGUCCUAGACCGAGAAGCGGUCAUAGGGUAGCUUGUGAUGACUUUAACGUGUAUUGCUUUGGGGGAUACAAUCCCUCUCUACCACUUAGUCAAAUACAAAGAAACAAUCCCACAUGGACCCCAGCAAGACCUCUAUUUAAAGAGUUAUGGAGCUUUAAUAUCUCCACUAGAAAGUGGAAGCAACAUAGAGUUACAGAAAAUAUGCCUGAAGAAUUGGCAUCAAAUGCUAUGUGUAUGAAUGGGAGAUAUUUAAUGAUAUUUGGUGGUACAGGUGCUCCAUUUGGAAACAAAUGCAGUAAUGAUGUCAUUGUUUGGAAGACAUGUAUGGGAGAUGCAAAACUCGAAGUCUUAACAGUAACAGGUUCUCGACCUCCUGGUCAAUAUGGUCAGUCAAUACUCUGCCAUGAUGGAUGUUUUUAUACUGUAGGAGGAACAAAUGGAUUUGCUUAUAACUGUGAUAUUUAUAGGUUAGAUUUGCGAACAAUGGUGUGGGAAGCUGUAUUUGUUGGGACAGGCCAAGACGGAGAGCCGCUAGGGAGAUACAGACAUGAAGUAGUGCGUGCAAAUAACAAACUAUACAUUGUUGGUGGUGGUACAGGUGAAUUGGCAUUUGAACUGAUGGAAAUACCCAUGUAUGAUCUUGAGACCAACACAUGGACAACAUUAAUGCCAAAAGCGGACGAGACAUUGAGGAAUACAGCCUCACCGCUACCUAGGAAGUGUCACAGUGCAGUGCAAAUUGAAACGGACAGUGGUGUGCAAGUAUUUGUUACUGGUGGGACAGAUGGCGAGUCAGUGUUUGAAGACGUUUGGAGGUUAAACAUAACAGAUCUCCAGUGGCAUUUAAUGCAAAAGACAGUUCUUCCUCAUCCACUGUAUUUUCAUUCAUCCACGGUCACUUCAUAUGGUUGCAUGUACGUAUUCGGCGGUAUUGAACCAAAAGAAGACGCAACAUGUAGAAACAAUAAGUUAUACAAAGUAUGGUUAUGCAUACCAAAGUUAAGUGAAAUAUGUUGGGAUGCUUUACUAAAUAUGUAUCCCACUUUGGACGAAGUAGAUAAAACAAACUUAUUGAAUAUGGGAAUUCCAAAGCAUUUUGCAGAUAGGCUGCAUCCUGAAUCCUUUUUUUCUGAAAUCCGAGGAAAAAAGUUUGAUUCACAAUGUGCUAUCAAGUAAAAAUUGCUUUAACUUUAUGUAAUUUGUGUUCAGAAUGGCAUAAUAUUUAAUAUAAACGGAGCAUAAUAUUUGUCAUAAUACUUAAAGUAUAUAUUGUAUUUGUUUAACUGUCAAUCAAAUAAAAGAUGGAUGUUUGAUUUUAAA